AUGCCACCAAAAAGAAAAUAUGCUACUCUUCAAGAACGAUACCAGGAAAGAAAUAGGAGACGGCGGGAGCGUCGUGCUAUUAGUAGGUCAGAAGCAGUUGGGAAUUCUAGCAGAGGCACUUGUACUGUGGCAUUAACGGCAGUGCAAAUCUGCCCUGAGUAUAUUGAAUCAGCAUCUGGUGUUCCAGAACAACCAGGAAAACGUAAUCAGCAAAAGAGAAGAAAGCGUGAAUCUUCAAGUUCAAAAGCUGCUAUGAUUAAUCUAGAUCAGAAUUCUGAUGCUAUUUUGACUUCUACAGAGUCAGAAUCAAUACCUGUUGAAUACAUUCAAUCAACAUUUGGUAUUCUACAAGAAGCAAGAAAAUGUAAUCAGAAAAAAGGAACAAAGACUGAUCUUUCAAAUUCAAAGCUUGGUAUAAUUGGUCUGGAUCAAAAUUCUGAUAAUGUCUUAACCUCUGCCAAGUUAAAAUCGUUCCUAGGUACACAGAAUUCUCAAACAACAAAUGUUAUUCUCAGCUCUGGUAUUGACAUUCCUUCAACCAGUACAGGGAUAAACAAUGAUACUUAUCAAAUUGCUUCAAGUGAAAUUCGACUCCUUGAAACUGAGAUGCCUCGAGAAUUGAUGUUGUUAUAUCUCAGUGACAAUAAUGAGGCUGCACACUUUCGCAAUUGUGUGCGAAGCUAUAAUAAUAUGUUUACUUUUACUUCAAUAGGAAUGCACUGUGAUAAGGAAUUAGGAAAAAAGUACAAUGGUAUCUAUACCUUUCGAGUGCAGGGUCAGAUGUAUCAUUUUAUAAAUCCAUUAGUUCCUGCUGAUGGUCAAAAGCCAGUGAAUUUGCAGUUGUAUUUCUAUGAUGCUGAGCAUGAAGUAGAAAAUCGUCUGUCCAUAUCAAACAAGUUCAGAGAAAAUUUGAUAGUAAUGUUGGCUGAUCUAUUGAAAGUAAAUCCGUACUCAUCAUUUUUUCAUGGAUUACAAGACUUGCCUGAUCUAGAUGUGUUGGCCUAA